ACCACGGCCGCCCGGCGCUCAUUUUGCAAUUUCGGGCCGUGCACCGCGGACGUGCGCGCUUCGUUCAGAGUACAGUGGGGCCCGUCGCAUCGCAUCAUUGAAUUCGCAUUGGAAUCUCUCUGGCCAAAAAAAAUAGCUAUAUAUUUGCGAUUGAAAAUACCAUUUCGAUUUCGAACUGUGCACUUUUUUCUUUUAUUUUUAUUUUCAACUUUUUUUUUUGUUGUGAAAAUGUCAGCCAAGGCAUAGCAACUACUUGGCCAUGAGUGUGUGAUCGCAUCCCUUUGGGAAGUCCCUAUUUAUCGAAGUACACUCGAAAUAAAAAAUGAAACUGUGGAAGUCCAAGAAGCCCAUUGGCGGCUGUGUGCCUGGAAAGUCGGCUGCCCUCAAACAGGACCAACAACAGGACACCCAUGGAUCCUUCGGAAGUCAUCAUCAUCCCCAACAACAACAACAACAACAACAACAACAACAGCAGCAGCAGCAACAACAAACAGACAGCAAUGGAGGAAUCGCCUUGGCGCCCAUGUUAUCCGUUGACCGUGCCAUGAGUCCGGCCCAGUCGGAGGACUCCGGACUGGCCCCGGAAAGGGGAACCACCUACGCCACCAUCACACUGCCCCGGAAUGCCCUCCAUUUGGCCAUCACCUUUGCAGAACGCAAUGAUCUAUCCUAUCCCCCCGUGGUGGGCGCCCUGAGUCCCGUGGGGCAUGCCGCGGACUUCCUGGCUCCCGGGGAUCGCCUUCACCAGAUCGAUGGCAUCUCCACCAUUGGUCUGAGCAACCAGAAGGUGAUGAGCAUGCUCUGUGCCGGUGGACCGGACGCAGGUCCAGCCAUAGUCGAGAUAGAAUACUCACUUCCGGAAUACACAGUUUCCCAGAACAGCCUCUGUGUGACCUCAAAGUUGGCCCAAAUAACCGUGGAGCGGGAAAGUGGCUGUCUGGGUCUGACACUGAGGGGCGGGGCCGACUACCCGCUGAUCGUCACCCAUGUCCGGCCCCACGGCCCUGUCUACAAGACGGGGCGCCUGAAGCCCGGCGAUCGAUUGUUGCGAGUGGAUAAUGUCUCACUCAUUGGCAAAACCCUGGCGGAGGCGCAACAAAUCAUCAAGUGCGGCGGCCAUGUCUCCGGAUACACCAACCUGACCAUCGAAUACGAUGUCUCGGUGGUCCAAAGCGUAGAGUUCUCGAUGGGACCGCUUCUCAUCGAGAUCGAGCGACCGAUGAACGAUAAACUGGGCCUGGUACUCUGCAAUUACACGCCAGCGGUGCCUCCUCCGACGACGACAGUUUCCGGGAGUUCGGCAUCCGGUUCCAGUACACCAUCCAGUCAGGAGAAGAUCCAGGAGGAGUCAUCCGGAGCAGCAGGAGUCUUCAUAGCCAGCAUUUUGCCAGCCAGUAUUGCUGAUCGUUGCGGCGCCUUAUCCAUUGGCGAUCAGGUGCUCUCCAUCGACGACACCAUGAUCGAGCACACCGCCUUCAGUCCGGACGAGGUGAUGACCAUAUUGGACACCGGCACUGGUCGCGGCUACACACAGAUGCAGAUAAUGCCCGCUCACGCUCUGGCCCGUCGUGGACACACAGCCCUGGGCAGUCCCAAGUAUAGCUUCAGCACCCUGGAGUCCCGGAAAUCCUCGACAGCUUGCCGGCAACGACAGCGCUUUGCCAGGAAGAGUUCCCUGCCCCUGGAGGCGCCCGGAACACCAGGCUCCCUAAUGCCCAACUCGACAGGAGGAGGAGGAGGAGGUGGUCCUGGCAGUGGCAUCCUGGGCAUGGGUCUGGGCCUGUGCCGGGCGGAGAGUUUCCCCGUUCUACUCGAUUGCAGUCAAGGAGCUGGCAUAGUGCUAGCUGAAGGUGGAUCUGGAUCAAGUAACCCUGGUGGCACAGGGUCUGGAGGUGGCUCAGGCUCCAGUGGAGGAGCUGUGACCAUUGCCCAGAUCGUGACCGAUUCCGUGGCCGAUAGGAGUGGCUGCAUCCAGGCGGGAGACCGCAUUGUGGCGAUCAAUAAAAUGUACAGCUUGGAUGCGGCGGCCAUGCGGCAGAUCCUGGACGGAGGCUCCUCCCGUUCCAACGGCAACACCGCCCCGGCCAACUGGCUGGAGCUUGAGAUCGAGUUCGAUAUGCCGGACGCCGUGGUGCCCUCCAGCGGGGUCUUCAGUGUGAAGCUGCUUCGGGCGGGCAAGUGCGGCCUGGGACUCAGUGUCAGUGGCUCCAGUCAUGGCGGAUUGGUCAUAUCGGACGUGAAAAUGGGCAGUCCCGCCCAUCGCAGUGGCUCCCUUCGCGUCGGCGACAUCCUGCUGGCCGUCGACCAGCAUCCUGUCCAGCAUUUCAAUGUGGAUGCCCUGCUGAAGGAGGAGACCACAUCCGGAAGACAGAACAGCCACGGAAACUCGGACUUUACCACGCUGACCAUCAAGAGGGUCGUCCUGCCCGACUUCCUGCCCAUCUCCAGUCCCAUCUACAGCAACUGUCCUGGUCCGGGAGUGGGCCUGGGCCUGGGUCUGGGGUUGGGCUCAUCCACGGAGCACGAUCUGUACAGUAGUGCCUAUGUGACGGCGGGAAAGUAUGCCGAUUGUGUGUCCUUAAAAUCACGUACCCCGCAGCCGGAUUACUUCCGGGUGCCCAGCUUGGAUGAUGCCGCCAGUCUGCAGUCCGUGCAGAUGCGUCAAGGCACCAACGGCUGGCCAGGAUCAGGGGCGCAGUCCAACAGCAGAUCCUUUGUGGCGCAGCCGAAUACCCAAAGCCUUACCACUGAACUUCCCGAGGAGGAGGACGAACAGGAGGAGCAACUCUAUCCAGGAUACGAGCUCAAUCGCUAUGCCAGUGUGGACUGCACUGCCCUGCCACCGCCCAUGGAGAACAAGGUGUACGGAUCGGCGGCCAGUUCCAGCAGCAAGAGCAGUGGCAGCAGCUUGCAUCAAAUCAUUUUCACGGUCCGGCUGGAGCCGAAGGGCGGCCUCCUGGGCAUCACCCUGGCCGGCAGCGAGGACAUAACCAAGCCCAUAACCAUUAGCGGCCUGGUAGAAGGUGGCAUUGCCUACAAAAACAGCCAGAUCCAAGUGGGCGACCAGUUGCUGGCCAUCGAUGAGCACUCCGUGCAGGGCAUGCCCCUGUCGCAUGCCACCAGCCUGCUGCAGAAUCUCGGCGACCUGGUGGACCUGAAGAUCCUGCGCAGCCACGACCUGGCCAAUGGCAGCCAUCACUUGCCCCAGACCCAAGCCAUUUACGCCAAAGUCCAGCGACGACCGCGCAGUCCUUCGGCCAACACGGAGGCCAGCAAGGAGUCGGUGAACGGAAAUGGCAGCGCCACCGGAAACGGAAAUGCCAACAGUAAUGGCACUGCCAAUGGGAAUGGCAAUCCAAACGGCAAGCCACGCAUCUUCCAUGUGACCCUGUACAAGGACAAAGUGUACGACGAUUACGGAUUUUCGGUCUCCGAUGGACUCUACGAGCGGGGAGUGUUCAUUAACCGGAUCCGCAGUGGCGGUCCGGCGGAUAUGUGUGGCCUGCUGAAGCCCUUCGAUCGGAUCAUGCAGGUUAAUGAGAUGAAGACGCAGGACUUUGAUUGCUGCCUGACAGUUCCACUGAUCGCCGCCGCUGGGGACAAAAUCGAAAUGAUCAUGCAGCGCUCCGAGUGACAGCCCUGUGUUAAAUUAGUUUUAAAUUAAGUUAAGCCUAAGUGCCAUUGCUAGCCCAUAAUCGAGUGUCCUGUGCCUGAAACCUGAAACAAACCAACAACCACCCACAACUUAAGCCCGGAUCUUAUUGAAUCAUCCGUGAAUCCGUCAUAACCAAAAAUAAUAGAACCCCCCCUUAAACUAGAUCUGCCAUACGCCGUAAUUCUACUUUAAUUUUAUGCUAAUUUGUUUUCUAGCAAAUAAAUAAUCAUACCGAAAGUUUGUUCGAAACUAAA